AUUGUUUCCAGAUAAGUAGAUUUCAAUAGGAAGAAGAGGAGCUAUGGCCAUGCUCGUGAAGAAACCUGUGAAGUACUUCAUGGUUGAUGCAUUCACUGAGUCAGCCUUCAAGGGGAACCAAGCUGCAGUGUGUUUUCUUGAAGAGGAUCAUGAGAGAGACGACGUGUGGCUUCAGUCUAUGGCCUCUGAGUUUGACCUUCCAUUGACGUGUUUUCUUAUUCCCAUCCCCGGCUCCGAACCACCACGUUUCCUUCUGAGGUGGUUCACGGCUGUAGCCGAGAUGGAUAUAUGUGGUCAUGCAACACUAGCAUCAGCUCAUAGUAUCUUCUCAAACAGUUUGGUUGGUUCAUCUGACACUGUCGAAUUUUCCACCAACUCGGGGAUUCUAACCGCUAAAAGGCUGUCUGAUUGUGACUCUAAAAGAUCUUUCUUGAUCGAAAUGAAUUUCCCUGUGAUUACAACUUGUGAGUACAGCUCCAAGGAUGUCUCCAUCUUCUCUAAAGCCUUGAAUGGAGCUACCAUUGUCGAUGUUCGAGAAACUAAAACUGAUAGACUCAUCUUUAAACCCUUGAUAGGAGCUUUCAAAACAACUUCAACAGACCAAAUCAUCGUUGUGCUUUCAUCUUGGGAAUCUGUCAUUGAAUUUCAGCCAAGAGUGGAUGAUAUCGUGAAAUGCCCUGGCAAAGUGAUGAUUGUUACCGCUGCUGCUCCUCAAGGAUCUCCUUUUGACUUCUGCAGUCGACUCUUUGCUCCUAAACUAGGGCUCAAUGAGGACUCUGUAUGUGGAAGUGCACAUUGUUCAUUAGCACAUUACUGGAGCCUCAAGAUGAACAAGUGUGAUUUCGUCGCUUUUGCGGCUUCGCAAAGAAGUGGAACACUCAAGGUUCAUUAUGAUAAGGAGAAGCAGAGAGUCUUGCUUACCGGGAAAGCUGUGACUGUCAUGAAAGGCUCUAUCUUAGUUUAAUCUUUCGACUCUUUGCCAAAGUCUUGAAAAAUAAGGUCAAGAUUUUGAUUUCUCGAACUCCCCACGUUUUAU